UCUACAGGCUAACGAACAUAACACAACACACACUCAAUACAACAGCAGCAACAACAACAACAGCCAAACCACUAUGUGUGUUACAAAAAGCGCUGCUGAUGUUGCCGUUGCCGUUGCUGUUGCUGUUGCCUCAACCAAACUGACGCUGUAAGAUUAUUUGCUCUUCAGCUGCCAACAUAAGUAGUCGCACAAUAAAUUUUCUUCCGUUACAAAACCGACAAAUCAAAGAGUUCUUCCUUUUUUCGCAUUUCGCAUCGAUUCGAUCAGAUCAUUUCAUCGGUGCUACCGGCAUUUUCAAAACAUAAAAAAUUGUUGAAUAAAUAUAAAACCGUGGUUGGUUGACGAAAAUAGACGAACGACUGUGCUGUGGUGUGUUUCGAUGUGUGUUUGCGUGGUGCACACAUUGUGAAAAAUAAUUGACAUGAAAUUUCCACGAAAAGAAGCCAAACACACAAUCAAACUGCGAUAACCGAAUCAUUAUAGAAAAUUUUUGAUCGAAAAGAAAAAUACCCGACAAUAACAACAGUGUGAUAAAAUAACAAACGCGAGUGAAAUUUGAUACAACAGACAAUAUCGAUAAGAAAUCGCUAAUAAAAAAGACAAUACGAUCAUAAUAUUUCGAAUACAGAACAGAAAAAAAACCAAUUACAAAAGCAACAUCAAAAAUGCAUUUACGAUUCAAAUAUACUAGCAUAGCGUUUAUAGUGUUAACAAUCUUAGAUUUGUGUUUAAGUGUACCAAAUUUAGCUGAUCAAACAAUAAUCAAUAACAAUGGCAAUUCAAUAUUCAGCAAUAAUAUACGUAAAUUAACGGCAAACAGCAAACAGUUGUUAAUCAGUACGAUAAACGAUGACGACAUCAUCGACCAUAGUGAUAAAAGUGAAACAAAUGCAAUGUUUCAGCGAAAAAAUGACGACGACGACGACACAAACAACGAUGAUCGAUCUGCGUCAGUGUCGCCCGUUAUUGCAGACGACAGUCAAAGCAUAGCAAGCAGUGAUAGUGAUCAUCCAAAUUUCCUAAUAACAAAUUACUUGUCCGAUGGCGAGAUUGAACGAAGGAUACAAUUCAAUGGAAUCACAGCUAAAGAAACAUUCGUCCCGAAUUUUCGGGGUUCGUUGAGUUUAUGGCAAUUAUCGAAUGGUGAAACAUUUCUGCAGAUGAUUUACUCGUAUGCCGAUGAAAUAAUGGAUUGUGAUUUCUUGACAGGUGUCAAGUAUAAUGAAGAGUUUGUACAAAAUUUCUACAAUGAAAUUCAACGAAUGAAACAAUAUAAUCAUAUCGAUGGUCUCAAUGAGGAGAUUUAUCAUAUUCCAAGGUUUCGACAUCGGUCGCGACACAAUGUUCCAGAAAUAGAUUUGGCAAUGGACAGUGAUAAUGAAAUAAUCGGGGCACGAAAUCUUACCUAUCAACCGCUAUUCAAUCGAAAUGAUAUACCAAAGGAUUUGCAACGUUUUAUUAAUUUCGAUGAAAUGAAAACGGAAUGCGAUGCAUAUCAUAAGUCGAUGACGCAAACUGUCAACGAUUUAGAUAGUGAGAGUGAUGAUGUUGUACAAAGUGCCACCGAACAUUUAAACAGGAAAAAGCGAGCAUUAUCUGAUUGGCUAAUUGCACCGAACACAAAGUGGUGCGGUCGCGGACAAACGGCUGAUAAAUACAGUCAGCUGGGUGGUGCAUCAAAGGCUGAUAAAUGCUGUCGUCGCCACGACCAUUGCAAAUUCAACAUUUAUGCGAUGACCACGAAGUGGCGAUUAUUCAAUUAUCGACCAUUCACAAUUUCACAUUGUAGUUGCGAUAUGAGAUUUCGAACGUGUUUGAAAAUGGCCGAUUCCGCCGAUGCGACGAUGGUUGGAAAGCUGUUCUUCAAUAUUGUGCAAACAAAGUGUUUCGUCUUGAAACCGGAAAAAUACUGCAAAUCGCAUUCGUGGUGGGGUGCAUGCGAGAGUGAGGGUACACGCAAACGAGCCCAUUUACGGAAUAACAAAAAAUUCUAGACAGCACCAAUGCCGAAUCAAAAUAAAACAAGUAUUUUUUAACUAUUAAAAGAAAAGAGAGAAUAUGUUCAGCGUCAAGCAGAAAUCACUAUUUAUAAAUGACCUCAUCGAACUGUUAAUUGUCCAAGCGAAUUUGAAUUCAAUGUGUUUUUUUAGAGUGUAUAUUAUAUUUCAAAGUUCAUUAAAUUAUUGCAUUUGUUUUUACGCUGCAUCAUUGACAUAGAUCACUCACGCCAAACCUCACAUCGGCUAUGUAUGUUUUUCAGUUCAAACCAAAAAGAGAAGAAGAAAAAAAACUAAGACACAUGUUGAAAAAAAGGCAAUGUACAAGUUUUACACAGUUUGUUAACAUUUUCGCGUAUUGGCAGAUUAGUUAAACACAACCAAUACGCAAUGAAGAUCACUACCUGUUCAAAAAACAGACAAAAUACUAUGUAAAAAAAUGAUAUUUUUAAUUUUUUUUUAGUUUAGAACUUGAAUUUAUUUGUUAAGGAAACAAUCUCAUAGAAAUCGAUAGCAAUGCAAAUAAAAUAUGAAAAAAAAUCGUAGCAACCAAAAUGU